CAUAAGCAAAGCACUGACCAUCACCUGAUUUCUGUUGCACAGGCAUACUCCAACACCCAGACGGUACAGUUCUGAAACAGCUACAGCCACCGCCACGGGGCCCGAGAGAGCUGGAAUUUUAUACCAUGGUUUACGCUGCCGACUGUGCCGACACUGUUCUCCUGGAGCUGCGGAAACACCUGCCCAAGUACUACGGCGUCUGGUCCCCGCCUACCGCACCAAACGAUGUAUACCUAAAACUGGAAGAUGUGACUCAUAAGUUUAAUAAGCCCUGUAUAAUGGAUGUGAAGAUAGGGCGGAAGAGCUAUGACCCCUUUGCCUCAUCAGAGAAAAUCCAGCAGCAGGUCAGCAAGUACCCUCUGAUGGAGGAGAUCGGGUUCCUGGUGCUCGGCAUGAGGGUUUAUCAUGUUCAUUCUGACAGCUACGAGACACAGAACCAGCACUACGGAAGAAGCUUAACAAAAGAGACCUUAAAGGAAGGUGUCUCCAAGUUUUUCCACAAUGGCUUCUGUUUAAGGAAAGACGCGAUUGCUGCCAGUAUUCAGAAGGUUGAGAAGAUUCUCCAGUGGUUUGAAAAUCAGAAGCAGCUUAACUUUUAUGCAAGCUCAUUACUGUUCGUUUAUGAAGGUUCAUCUCAGCCAGCUACUACGAAAUCAAAUGACAGAACUUUGGCGGGGAAGUUCCUUUCCAAAGGCCACCUGUCGGACGCAGACGCACUGGAGUGCAAUAACAACUUUCACCUGUUCGGCUCCCCGGCCAAUGGGACAUCAGUAGGCAAGAGUUUAUCCAAGGUGUACGCAAGACACAGGAAGCUGUACUCCAAAAAGCACCACAGUCAGACUUCACUGAAAGUAGAAACUCUGGAGCAAGAGAACGGGUGGAAAAGCUUGUCCCAGGAACAUUUAAACGGAAACGUCCUUUCCCAACUGGAAAAGGUGUUCUACCACCUUCCCUCGGGCCGUCAGGAGACCGUGGAAGCAGAAGUGCGGAUGAUAGACUUUGCUCAUGUGUUCCCUAGCAACACAGUAGAUGAGGGCUAUGUUUACGGUCUGAAGCAUUUGAUUUCUGUACUUAGGAGUAUUUUAGACAGUUGAGCAUCGCUGCAGUCUAUGAAGGAGUGGGCCAAUCACCAUGGAGAGCCGCAGGCAUUAGCUGUGCACCUGUAACGCUCUGUAAAAAGUUUGUAUUGUGAGUCAGCAUUUUAUUUGUCUUUAUACUUUUGGUAGAAGGUUAACUUUUUUAUAUUCUUACUCAGGAAUACUAAUUUGCUCAUUAGAAAACUAUGAAGAAUAAAGAAACAGGAAUGUCGAGCAGGGAAUGUGUGAGACAGGGGGUAGUAAACAGCUGUAACACUUUUACAAAGUGCAAACCAUUACUCAGUCAUUCAGAAUUCCCGUAGCUUUGUAUAAGGCAGUUACCAUAGAAUCUCUGUCCACCCAGCCUUGCCAGUGAGCCGCAUGUAAACAUGACGUUGUCAGACCACCUUAAGAUCUGGAAAGUGCAGAUUGUUUUCAUCAGGACCAGUGUGCCCAAGCUCCCUCAAACUGGAGAACAUUUUACACAGAAAGGAGGCUGUGAGGACUCCAUGUUAAAAAGCAGAGAACAUCAGAUAAAAGGUGCUUACGUGGUCAUGUUCCACCGGCAGGAUUCCCGGGGUUCCUUCUCUGUGCCCAGUGCUACCCUUUGUGGGAAGGGUGGAUGAGGAACACGGCUGGCGACAGCAGCUACAGUCUGGGAGUUAAGAGCACAAAUUUUCCCUCCCUAGGGUCAGGAGAAGAGAGAUUAUUUGUAAACAACAAAUUACUUUUUUUUUUCCUCAAGGAUUUUAUUUAUGGAAAAGUCUUCAUUUACCCUGUUGUGAAAACUGUCAUGAAGGGCGAUGCUUUUUGAUCACCAAUCUAUGGCUUCGGAGAGCUGGAUGGUGGAGACUUGAUUUUAUUUCUUCUUUAAAUCAUUUUUGAGAGUCUUUCCAUUAAAAAAGAAUUCUUUUUUUUAAAAAAAAAAAAAUACAUACCCCCAUUUACUUUCAGGCCUUUUAAAUGCAUUUCUCAGAAUUUGGUUAGGCAGUGACAUAAUGCUGUGCCUGGUAUAGACUGGACUCCUGCCUAGGUCUCACUCCUGUGGCAUCUAUCAAAGGAAUCAUAGUUUAAUUUCACCUCAGAGCAAGGGCAGGCAACUUCUCCUUGAAAAAGUAGAUUUAUAAGUGUUAUGUUUAUUUUACACCCACCACCUUUUCCACAUUAGCUACUUAUUGAUCCAUAAAAUAUUUUUAAAGUUGAAAUUAAAUUUGCAAAUCCUUCUGCUGUCAGUGCUGUAAUUGCUUGCACUUUGACUCACUGAUGUGUUAAAAUAAUUGAACUGCUUGUCAUUUCUGGAAAAUAUUUUUGAGUUAUGACUUGACCUUUUUUUAAAAAAAAAAAAAAAAACCCUUUUCCUUCAGAAUUACAAAUAAAACUGGUAUACCCUCGAUCAAUUUUCUUGAAUGUGGAGGGAAUUUAUCUCACUUUCCUGAUCCCAUCAAAGAGUAGUUUGCAAAUGCCUACGCCCAAACAUAAAUGGGUCGUUAGCCAGAGAGACUCGGCAUGUGUGUUUUUCCGAGUUUUACUUAGGGGGCCGUAAGUGUUCACCACCACGACUUAAUGUUCUCUGCCCAAGUGUUUACUGGCUAUAGAUGUUUUUGUUUCUUUCAUUUUGUGGGAGUGAGUUUCAAGCAUAAUUAUUGGAAAACUUUGAGUCUUACCUUUUUUCUAAUUCAAUUCAGUAACUCUCAAGCUCAUCUAGGGAACACUAUUUAAUCUUAAGAGGCAAUUUGGGGUGGUGUCAGGCUACAUAUAUAUAUGAUGGAUAAGUCAACUCAAGUACGAAAAGCCUUGGGCACACUUUAGCUCAGUAAAGUCUUCAUCUACAGCUAUUUCGAACAUUUUGGAAGCCAGCAUCCUGCCUUUCUGAAGACUAGGUUUUGUCUGAAUAAAACAGGAAGUGAUUCUUAUCUCUGCUUUUCAGGGAAGGGAUUAACAUUCAUUUCUUCUUGUUUACAUUUUACCACUGUUGCCCACUUUAUGUUAACUUUUCAAUUAUGCUUUUUGAUGAUGUGAUCAAUGUGUUUAUGUAACCAACCUGUGGCGUUUUUUCUAGUCUGUCCUGUCUUGUAAGAUGAUGCUGAGAUUUGCCACUUUGGGGAUGAGGCUUCCAUCACUAGCCAAACGUAUGUGAACACACAGAUACUUAAGAACUAAGCAAAUGAGGAGAUGAUUUGGACUGAUGGGAAUGCUAGCCCCUUCCCGCCCAACAUGAUUUUAGUGUGUUUCUUACAGGAUGCACUCAUGGAAAGGACUUUUAAGAAAUUGUGGAUGUGAAUACAUUUCUCAAAUAAAAAGUUUAAAUUGUAUAAUAGUUUUAUAAUAAAGUAUUUACAUUAAUUAUUUUAAUAUGGAUGGAUGUUGCAUAAAUUAUAAUUGUUGCUAAAUAUUUAAAUAGUCUUUCAAGAGCGUGUUGAAAAUGUGUGUAAGUGGCUCUGACAGCCGGGGUGUUAAAUUAAGAUGGGAUGCUUUGCUUUGUGUGCCUGAAGGGGGCCUGUGCACCCUGCCUGUCCAUACUACAGGCUGCUCAACUGAGUAAGAGCUAUUUUCUGAAUGGUGAUGUCCUGUAAUUUAGUGGUUUGUGAUCUCUACAGCAAUGCUCUACCCAUCAGGCCUAUGAACUACCAAAUUUAUAACAUUUGAGGGAAAAUGAAUUUCUGUAAUUCAAUUGCAAUUUUCUCAUUAUUUUUGAAUUUGGAAUGUGUAUGCUGGAGGGAGGACUGAACUGUGAAGUGACGGGCCCUGUGGCUGUCCUUUGAAUGCAGAAUGUUAGUAGCACCCCUCUUGAGGUCUAAUGUUUAAACUUGCUUUGUUUAAACAGCCAUUUAUACUGCUGCCCUUAUCUCCCAGACCCCUGACCUUGAGUUUUGUCUAUUUGUAGCUGCAGUUGCCCUUUCUGUCUCCCCCUACAAUGGCUUAAUUGCCCAGAAAUAGCAAGUCCUUUUAGAAUGCGGUUACCCUCAGGGUAGUUUCUGGAGGCCUGGCCCCUCAGUGCACUCAGAUUCCUUCCCCAAGCCACACCAUGUCAAGCAUUUUCAGCCACUCUCAAGUGUUCAUCUGUGAACCAACUGGUCAAGACUAAGUAGGUGGAGUGGCUGCUGGGGACCUUCCUUAACACAGAGAUCUAUAGACACCAGCAUUUAAAGCUGUUAAAGGAUAGUGUCUGGGUAAAGUCGAAGCGGUAAGUACCGAGUUACAAAUGAGGCAGAGAAUUUUUGACUUUUGGGCUGAGACCAAGCGCAAGUGAGUCGAGGGUAGAAGCGCAGAGCUGUCCCUCCACUUGACACUCCAGCUGGGUGGCAGCUAGAGAUGACAUAAAACAACUUUAAAUUCCACGUUUGCUUGUAAAGGCAUGUUUAGCUUCACCUCUAGAACAAUAUUGGCAUAGUGUUACUGCGGUCACCCCUUACCAGUGCGAACAUUUUAGACCUCAGAUUUUAAAUCACCAGUAUGCUAUUUCUUCACUUCAGAGUAAUUGCAUUAUAACAUAAAAUACUGGUAUUUUGAGGAGUCCACUUCUUUGCUGGCAGUUUUGAAAGUCUUAAAACUUGUUCUGCUAGCUUCUAUUAAAAGCCACCAUGAUUCAUACCAUUAAGUCAGUAGAAAAUCAAAGUUUUUUUUUUUUAAUUAUUAGAAAUGUAUUGUUAAACUUUAGCCUGGUGUCCACUUACAGGAUCAGCAGUUUAAUUAUUGAAGGUAGGGUUUGUGAUCCCCUGUAGAUAAGGGGAAGGGCAUACAAAGACACUCUGCUGUGGGAUCUAUACUGGAAGAUACACAAAACCAUCGAAAAUGGCACCCAAAUUGUGUCCACAGUAACUACAGGUGGCAGUGCCAGCCCUCCCAUACUUGAUGAAUGAAUGUAUUGCUGUACUUGGGUGUAAAUGUCUAAAUGUCUCUAGUUUUCUUUUUCAGGGUUUGUAAUUUGUGCCGUUGACAGCAUAUUCUUGGAGUGUAAAGGUCAUCACUGUGUUUCUAGACUCAUUUAAUGUGAUAUACCAAUUUUUAUAAGUGAUAUUUAGAUAAUCCUAAUAACUGUAUACUCGACAACUUAUUAAAAUGUUUUGCAUUGGA